AUGCUUCCUAGCGCUUUUCGGUCCUUGUUGGCCUCACGCGUCGCGUCACUAAAAGUGUUCCUACCGCGCGAUAUCUUCACGAUCGGGUCACAACGGAUUUCAUCACCCAUGAUGCGACAGGAACUUUGGUCGCCAAGAAGGUACCAGUCUUUUCUCUGUAACUCAGGAGAUACUUAUGUUGUAAUCGAUACAGGGGCUGGUGCUGCAAUCAGGGCUGCCAGCCCCUUUACACCAGCUUCUGCUAAUUCUGAGGAUAAAUGUAAACUUACGUUUUUCCAUGACUCAAACAGUUUGGCUUUGUUUGUCCUUAAUGCCAGAAUCAUCGAGUUUUCCCGCCUAUAUGUCCCAGCCCAAAAACCUCGCCAAACGGAGUCAAAUACAAGCCCUGCAACUUUGUUGAUAAGUGGCAAGAUGCACGAGAUAGUACUAGAUGGAACUCUCGAUGGUAGUGUGACGUCCCCUUUUUUGCCCCCUUCUUGCGGAUACUGA